GAGUCAGGAUCUAGGAUGCCAGAGAAAGGAUGGAGAGCAAUCUCCACAAAUCCUGGGGUUUUGUAUAAAGGCAACGGCUAAGAAGGAAGGAAAUAGCAAAACCCCUGUCAACACUGUUGAGUCUGGACACCAUCUUGAGAAUGUCCCAUUUCAAUAAUUGGAAGAGCGCCCAAACGAGCCAGAGCUUGACGUCACAGGACAGCAUCAGGGUUUCUCAUGAGAGGAAAAGGGAGAACAAAAAUCAUGAAGAGCUUCCAGAGGGCCACCACUCAUCCCACGGUCAGGACAAGGAGGGAGUCUGGCUUCCUGGGAGCAGAACUGAAGAGGCAGGAGAAGACCAGGCUGCAGAGGAGGGACCUUUCCUCAGUAAAACAGAACUACAAAAAGAUACGCAAGGAGCAUGUGACAGCAAAGAUGUAGGACAAGGUCGUGAAUUGUCCCCUCCAACAACAAAGAGCAUCCGAAUAUACGACGUGAGCCCCUUUUCUUCUCACCCAUUGCAAGCUGAGAAGAUGAGUCCUCACAGAAGGGCACGUAUGGCCCGUCUGCCCCAGCAGGGCCCUUUCCGGCACCUUAUGGACAUGAAGGCAGAGAAGAGGCUGGCGGGGUGGAAGGAACGCCGUAGCCGCUUUGGUGACAUCAACGUGCACAAAUGCUAUCAGUUUGGGCAGGUCUUCUCUCCUUUCCAGGCUCUGGCCACCACAGAGAUGCGAAGGCUGGUGCUGCCCAGAGACUUGCCCAUGAGUUCUCACAGGCGGAGAAUAAAUCCUUCAUCCCUCGGUGACAUGAAUUUCCAGGAUUUACCCCUGUCUCCAAAAGAGCUGACACUGGGAAAGGAUGAUGGCCAUCAUGAAAAGGACAAGCCAGUCCAUCAUUCAAUCAUCAGGGUCCUCUCCCACGUGAUGGAAGUUACAGAAGCCUCAAACCUCUGCUUGCAUCUCAUCACUGCGCCUGGAAGACUAUUCCAUCCUUGACCUCAUUCAAACUUCUGAAGGCAUUUCCUGAGGGUACCCUACUUGCUAGAUCUGAGUCAGGCUCAGCAGAAAGCAGUGAACAUAAAAGCCCUGCUCACAGGGAGUCCUGAGGAUGCUCUCCCCGUUGCCUCUGGUUGGUCCUCAUCAUCUGCUCUGUAUACCUCACUUCCAGCUCUGCCCUACCUAGACAUCCUCACCAGGGCAACCACCACCAAUGAUAUGACCUGAAAACAGUGUCUACCCUACAUCUCCAUUGUAGGGAACGUGAGCAUAUCACCCCUGGGUAUCAUCACACAUGCCAGCAGGUGACUGUGCUUUGGCAAUAAUCUAAAUGUCACCAAUGUUCCCAGCACUGUUAGGGGCACCCCGGGAGAUGCAGCCUCUUCCCAUUCACUCAACCUUAAAUAUAAAAGUUAUAAGGGCGUGUGUACAAAUUAGCUCCGUGGAGAAAUAAGGGAUUCUUCAGGGUCAUAUUGGGGAAUGAAGAGCUUGUGAAGGCUGAGAGAGAAAAGAAGGCUUCCCUGAGGAAGCAACAAAAAUUGAGAGUAGCCACAACAAACAGGAGAUCUAUUAUUAUCCCUCCUCCUCCAUAGCCAGGAGGGAUGGUAGGGGAGUGUGCCAGGGAAGAACCAGCUAAGACAGUGUGUUCUGGAGAUGUCAGGACACUGUGUUUUCGAGCUCACAGCAGCUGUAACUGCCUGAACAUCCUAGCUUGAGAAAGAGGAGAUCAUGAGACUCCAGACCCAACUGAGUAGAUAUUGACAGCUGAUGGCUCCUGAGGCGCUGAGGUAGGUCAUUUAAUGGUACAGCCACUAGCAGGUCAACCACACUCCAGUGGAUGGCCCUAUACUUGUGAGUAUUUAGAUGACACAAAAUGGACUUAGUGGGGUUUUUUUUUUAAGAGGACCUAAAAUUGGAAGAGUGUGAAAAUAUAGGGAUGGACCCAGGAGGAGAUCGAAGAGGCAGUAGGGAUAAGUACUAUUUAAGGACAUCCUGUGCAUAUCUGGAAUUCCCAUGGUUAAUAAAAUGUAUCUUAAAG